CUCGAAGGAUCAAAAUCCAUUGACGUUGAAAGUAUUCCAAUACAAUGCACCACGAGCGAGUGCUUUUUCGACUAGCUACGUACAGUUGUGCAAUUCGUGUGAAAACAAAAAGGAGGAGUCAAGGGAACCGCUCGUCACCCGAACAAGAAUGUUUCCUGUGAUGUAGAAGUCGUACAAAAUAAGAAGCUUGCACGUACAGCAAUCACCUGGGUGGCAGGUGGUACAGGUUUGCGUUUCGGUCGUUGUACGGGACCAUGUCCGCGUUGAAAGAGCUCUACCACGAUGUCUCGUAGAUGAAACCCUCGUUGUACCACGUCCACCGUUUUACUCCCCGUAUCGAUCCGUGCCCGAUUAUCGUUUUCGUACAAAUUGUUGUGCAGCACUUCAGCUGUUGUACAACUCGUGGCCUCGUCCUGUCGAUGUUGUGCUAGCCCCAGUUUUCUAACCCACCAAGAAGUCAACAACCACGUCAACAACGUCCAUCAACAAUAACACUGCUCCUUAUCGACUACAUCAACAAAUUCUAACUCUCCAGCAUCAAAAACCCUCUGUCGAGAUUCUAUCAUUGAUAGACUCGCUUCAAACUUACCUUUUCCAACUCCGUCUUUGCUUUUUAGCAACAGAAACAACCUUUUUUUUCCAUCGCAGAAAAUAAAUCGAAAAACUCACCAAAAAAUCUAGGCUUUUUAAGGAACAAACCAAACAACGAGUAGUUGAAGAGUUGUGAAAUAACGGAACAACACAAGAGAGAAUCAAUUGUAAGAAGCUUUUGCUAACUCAAGGAAGUAGAAACCGAACUCGCACAAAACCAAACCCGAAAAGAUGAACCACUACGGACACUCUGCCAGCAUGUACGGCUCCGCCGACUCCCAGCACCACUACCCGGCCAGCCACCAGAUGGACCACUCCCACCUGGCCAACUUCGCGGCCGCCGCGGGCUCCGCCCCGCCGGGGUUUGCCGCUCCCGCCGUGCACGACCCCUACGCGAUGGCCGCUGCGCAGCACUACGCCCAGGCUCAGAUGUACAACCGCGCGUUGGCCGCUCAGCAGAUGUACGGUCGCCACUCCUACCCCGGUGCCGCCGCCGCGGCUGGACACCCGCACAUGCCGCUGGACCCGGCUCUGGAAUCCCUGUUCGGCCUGAACGCCGGUGCAGCCGCCGCGUUCCCCGCUGGCAUGCCCGCUGCCUACAACUACCCGGGUGCCGCCGCCGUGGCCCACGCCGCCGCCGGAGCUGCUGCCGCGACUUCCUCCUCCGACCCCGCCUCGCCGCCGGCCGUCCCGGCCUACGGAGCCGCCGCGAGUGCUGCCGCCGCCCGCGCGAUGGAGCUCCCGCGCCGGGAACGCUUCUUCGUGCGCCGCAACGGAGGCACCACUGAGGAGGAAGUCAUCACCUCGCAGAAGUUCUUGGCCACCUUCCGCGUCGGCAUCCCGCACGCCCACGAGUUCGGCGCCGCCAAGCGCAUCAUCGGGCCGGCCGGACGCAACAUGAAACUCAUCGCCAGCAUGAUCAUGGGCGGCAAGGUGCGCCUGCGUGGCGAAGGAUUCCAGGUACUAAAAAGAACAGACGUAGAUCAAUUGAAAUUCUUGCCGUGAUGCUGCGCGAUUAGUAAAGUGGUAGGUCAUUAAUGUGACAAUUGAAAAUGGAGGAAGAACUGGCUCGGUGCCUCUACCUGUACGUCAAAAAGUAGAAUUUAUUACUUGCGUUGUCGCAUCACGACAUGAUUUUUCCAACGUGAUUCGAUGUCGAAAGUUGUGAUUUUCAUUUUUGCUACUGAAAACAGGACAAGGACCAGAACCACCCGCUGCAGCUGAACAUCUCGUGCCCGACCAAGGAGGGAUACGUGAUCGCCAAGACUCUGGUUUCCAAGCUGUUGAAGCAGCUGCUGGUCGACUUCCACGAGUUCACGCAGGGAAAAGUGGUGGCCCAGAUGCGCGGCAACGAUCACCCGAUGAACCCGGAGAUCCCGCCGGGCUGGGACCGGGAGUUCAUGCGCGGCUACUACUCCAACUUGGUUGACCAGGUACAAUGCCAUAACUACAAUUCCUUGUUCUAUGAGUGACAGUUGACCACAUCUCGUUCAGUAUCAGUGUUAAAAACAUACGGUGAAAAAUACGUGGUCUAUUCCUCUUGACCUUCAAGCAUUUUUUUUCGACUAUUGGGACUCGUGGUAAAAAAUCAAAAUGCCAAUGUUAAUGAGUGCUACCUUCUUCUAUCACAGGUUAUCUUCGUGACCACGAUUCCGCGGUCCGGGUCGGCUUCCAACCAAUCUUCCAAGAAGACCAGUUCCUCCAAGGUUUCCAAGAACGGUACGUCCUCGCAAUCGGAAAAGGGCGCGUCCGACUCCACCCCCUCCACGGCUGCCGAGGCGACCCCGGCCGGGGCCAGCAACAAGCCGAAGGUGGACUACCAGAAGAUCUCCAUGGUUUCUUCCGAUUCGAUAUCCACAGAAAAAAACCCAUCCCCAUCCAUUUUUUGCAUGACAAACACAUGACUUGCUACGUGUUUUGCAUGACAAAUUAGAUGUGGAUGGGUUUUUUUCUGUGCAUAUUCCACCCGCGCGGAAAUUUCCACCUCCGCCGACGAGGAAGCGGAAACCUCCUCCACCAACACGCCCGCCGAAAAGAAGCCCUUCGCCGUCGACACCAGCUCCGGCUUCGACGACGCUGCCGCCAAAAUCGAGGAGGCCGUCGCCGGACUCGUGUGCCAGUAAGGUACUUGGUAAGAGAAAGGGAGGAUCAUGUUGUGCUUUUGAUCAAAAAUCUUGAGAUUCAAAAGUAAGACAACAUCAAAAGAGGUGGUCUAAAAUUUGUAUGAAGAAGAUUUUUUCAAACAACAAUUUUUUGGUGGACAGGAGUGCCGUGGUGGCUGCUUAAGCGGAUAUCAUCACGCACUGCAAAUUUUGUAUUUCGUUUUGAUUCGUAAGAAAGUUAAGUUAUGCUUAUGUCAGAAUGGUCCGAGACGAGUUUCGAGUUCUUAUUUUGAAAGUUUGGUUUUCUUGUUGCGAGUGUUUCAGUUUCUACGUAUUUACAACUUCCUUUAGCAAUCAGCAUUCUAAAUUUCUUCGACCUAAAAAUCGCGGUAAUCCGAUACCGAGAAUCGUAGAUGUUGUCCGGAUAAGAAUAUUCUAGACAGACAAAAUGGUGUGUGGGAACUGUGCGCGGAAAAUACAACUAGAACUACUAUUUUUAAUAGUACUCCGCUAGCUAUUCUGCACACGAAGCGCCUCCAAAAGGAAACUCUAGGUAUCGGGCUACGUAGUGUGGGAAAGAUUGAAUAUCGUUGCUUGGUUGAGACUCUCGUGGGAUGUCCUACAGGCGGUGGAAUACAUGGCUAUUCCCGACAUACCCCCACAGAUCUCACGGUCAUCGAUUUUUCUUCUAUAGCAUUAUGGGUAGCUCGAAGUAGAGAAAGGGUCUAGAAAGAUGGUAGAAAGACACGCCGUAUUUUCACACCAGUAGAAAGAUAAGUCCCCUCGUCUACCGAUUCGGCAUUUUUGAGAAUACAGCUACGAUUACAACCUUUACAAAGUCAAAGAAACAUUAAUUAAGAACAUCUACCCCCAAUCUGAAAAUCAAAAUAUGCAAAUGCAUAUUAGCAUGUCAGUGCCACCAUCGGUUGUCCGUGGAUUCGAAGGUGUUUGUGCCGUCACAACGACUGGCGCACGCAUCGUCGAUUUUGCAGCAUGAGCAAGCGCAUGACAUGGAUUCUCACAUAGCAAAAAAAUUAUCCCCAAAGUAAACAUCCUUUACUUUCAAAAUCUGUCGUGCCUGCCCCAAUUUCGUCCCCGUAGCUCUGUAGACAGAUUCAGAAAUUUUGGGUUCUCUGCUGCAGGUUCCUCAUCUUCGCCAGGUCUCAGGUUUUUGCGAAUUCAUUUUUUUCGUAUAGAACUUGCGCUUGGAGGUUAUCUUGUGGUUACCGCAUAGUAGAGACGCAAAAAAUCAACGCGGACCCCUUUCACUAUACCAAACCUUGGAGUCAAGCAAGAAGGUUUUUGUACUAGUCAAAUAAGUUGGUCGUAGAGCACAUAACUUUACAACUUCUACAAGCUAUUCUGGAAAAGGAAGAAGCCACGCAUUGCUCCACCGGCGGCGCGCUCUUUCCAAAACAACGCAAAAAACCAAUCGAGAACUAGCUUUUUACGGUUGUAAAUCAACUCUGUCCAGACUGACUCUGACGAACGUGCAAUUACCUUGUUUUGCUUUUUUGACUUUUAUGGAAACCAAAAAAAAGUCCCAUAGAAUACGCCGUGGUGUCAGUUGUGAUGAAAAAAAUUUCAAAAAACACAAAAAAACUAUGAACGUUUUAUUCAGUACAAGAAAUUAUAUGUAUACCAUUCGUUGUGAGGAGAUGAAAGUUUCUAUCAGCACUACAAACAAGAGACUACGUGUGGCGAUUAUUACUGUAAAAAACCUUUGAGGACCAAACCUAUUCGAAGAAUCAGAGAAUUAUGAGGCGGAAAAAACUACACAUCAAACAAUUUACAACAACACUUAUCGGGGGAAAAGCAACACCUGUUGGACUGUGAAUAUAUCGGAGUAGACCUACAACACAAAUAUCAGCAAAAUUUACAGUUUCAUCGAGCUGCUCUGGAGCACAAAGUCAAAGCAUCAAGUUCUAUUAGUAAAAAGAGCACAGUCUUCACUGGCUCUACGUGUAUGAUUAUGAUGAGUAAAAGCGCAGGCAUUUCUCGCAUAUCCUAUGAAGAACAAGUUGCGAAGAUUGCUAGAAUCGCGAUUAUUCAGGGCAGACCUCCGCAUAAGGCAAACAACAUAAGAGCAUCGGCAGCACAUUUCACUGUGCGGGCAGAAGCUCAUGCAAAGCUAAAAGUAAAGCAUUUAUUCAGAAAAGAGGAGCAGAAUGAAGUAGAAUGCAGACUAGAAUAGACAUCAUUCUUGGGAAACAGGGAACAUUACGAAGGUUGCGCGACGCAUAGUGGUCAGUUUAUUCACUUUGCGUCGUGUCUCCCAAAUCGAAAUUUCUUUUGUGGAAAUAAGUUAUGGAAAUCAGGCGAAAUGUAGACGAGGAUUGAAAGAGGAGGUAAAGAGCCUAAUUUUAGGCCAAGAAACUACUUUACGAAACGUCGAACCGUCGAUUCCAAUGUCGAGCCGAAGAAAGUAGUCCUGCAUAAAACGAAUUUCAAAAUGAAACCACUAUCAUAUGGAAAGCGUGAUAUUACAGCAGAAGAAGUCUUCAUCGCACUACUAUAACCUGUGGACGAGGAGCGAGUCAACAACGCAACUACCAACAUGGAGCAAAAAAUGUGAUUUCACGACUAACCGAGCACUACUAUGAAAUAAACUCUUAACUAUUUUUUGACACUUUUUACACAACUUUAACAGCUUUUAUCAAUUUCUUUUCGCAGAAUAACGUAUUUAGCUCUCCGGAAAUUUCUACUCUGUGAGCAUUUGAUGCCACACCAAAACUAUCUUUUAUCGUAUUUUCUAUUUCACACAACGGCCACGAAUUAUCUGUUGCUUCUCGGACUUGAGAAAAUAACCUGCAGCAUCCAGAGGAAGGGACAUUUGAUUAUUGCGUAUUGGGAC